AUGAGUACAACAGAAACACCGAAGGAUACAGUGAUUUCAAAAUUACCGGAAUUGAUUGAUAAGAGUGGUGGAUGGGUUUCACCAUUCAGAACAGAGAUUCAAUCACCAGGAAGGGUUGAGAAGUUGAAGGAGACGGCUAAGAAGGCUGCGGGUGUUGUCAAAGAUGCUACGGGUGCUACGGGUGUUACAGCGGAUGCCACAGCAGCUGCUCCCACGGAUUCAGCAGGUGCUACAGCCGACACCCCGGACACCCCUGAUACUGCCAUGGAUGCUGCUACUAACGCAAGUAAAGCUGCCGAUGAUGAUGAAGCAAAUGCUGGUGAGGAAACAUUUCAGGACGAAAUUAGAGAAAGCAGAUUCAACUCUUCGUCUUCUUCGUCUUCCAAUACCUCAUCCUCGUCUUCAUCUUCAUCUCAUAUUAUUCCUCUCUCUGAAGAUGAUCCUAACUUAAAGACUCUUCAAUCGAAGCCUAAGCUGCUUUCGAGAUAUAAGGACAAUGUCAACAUUGUGGCUCAAUCCAUGGACAAAAACAAGCUUGUCAACCCUGACAGAAUCAUUGGUUUAGGUUCUGGACUCGCCAUGACUCAAGUGCAACUUAUGGAGAUUGCCAAGAGAAGAGUUCAACCAAUGUUAAAAGAUGUUGAUGCCUUGGUGGAGAAGCAGAAAUCCAACGAUGCUGUCAGGCAUGCACAAGAACAUCAAGCCUAUACUGAAAAGGAUCAAUCUAAGGUUCAGAAGAAGCUUGAUAAGUUCAAGAAGCAAUUGGACAAGGAGAAUGAAGGACAUAAACUUGUUCAUGCCGAAGCAUUGGCUUCUAUAGUGGCAAAGAUGGAACAAAGUAAGAAGGAGCACGAUGAAUAUGUUACCAGUGUCAAUACACAGAUGGAACAGGACAUUAAGGAUGCAGAAGAGGCAGAGGAAGCAGCCUCUAAGCAGCAUGAGGAUGAGAAGACUCUUCUUUUUACAGAUUUCGAUGAGUUGAAGCAAGAAAAGAUCAACGAUUUACAAGAAACCAAAAGAAAUCAGACCAAAGAGACUGAGGAUGCUGCAAAGUUCGAAGAGGAUGGUCAUAAGUUGCAAGCUGAGGCAGAUGAGAAGGAAGCGCAAUUGGCCAAGGAGAAGGCCGAAGUGGAAGAUAUUACCACCAAGUUGCAGACAGUGAUCGACUCUAAGCACGCUGAAAAAACCCGGAUUCUUGAGGCCACCACUCAGAAGAAGCAGUACAAUCGUUCUCUAUUGAUUGUAGAAGCACAACAUGCUAGAGCUGUGGCCAAUACUGCCAAACUUCAUAGCCACGUAGCUCUUCUUAAAAAUUUGGUUGACAAAAGAAGCAGUCAGUUGGAAAACUUGAAAGGUCCUGAGAAGGAGAAGUUGGCCACCAGUAGGAAACAAGCUGAGAAGUCUCAUGAUGAAUGGGAAAAGGUGAGAGAUGAGAUGAAGAGUGAAGAAGCUCAUAAGCAGGAAAGAAUCCGGAUCCAGAAAGAGGCAGAGAGGAAGAGGCUUGAUGAAGAGAAGGAAGAGGCCAAGAAACAGAAGAAGCAUGGCUUUUUCUCCAAGAGAAUGGCCAAGAUCGGUGCUGGCAUCGGUAUUGGUGGUGCAGCCGUUGCUGGAACAGCUGUUGGGGCGAGUAAGGCUGGUGCUGCUGGCACUACUAAGGUGGUGAACCCUGCUAAAUCCAUCAAGCCUUCGAACACUGCUAAAGCCGUCAAACCUUCAGACACUACUCCUACCAAACCUUCAGACACUGAUAAACCCUCCAAACCUUCAGACACUACUCCUACCAAACCUUCAGAAUCCACUCCUACCGUCCCUAAAACCUCCACACCUACAGAAUCAGAAGCAGACUCUCUAGAAACUCCGAAAGCUACAAAGCCAGUGUUUACAGAAGUGGUGGAUGGACCAAAUGCUCAGAAAGCAGAGUCCUCGUACGACGACACGGUGUCUUAUGAAACAGUGACCAAGGAAGAGUACGAGGCCAACAAAAACGAUCCAAAUUACAUGAUCGUGUGA